CUUAUAAUGAGUCUGCAAAAGGAGAGGGGUUCAGAACAGUUGGACUGUCCAGUUCUUGUACACCAACAUAUGAAAUUUAAGUGAAAGACAUCGAAGGUGUUCAGCCAGUGUUGUUUGUGCGUUCAGUUGUGCAGCGGACUUGACCACGGCCACCAUGGGCCCCAUCGUUGCAUUCGCUGUGAUUAUCGCCGUUUCAGGUGGCGUCUCCGGCGCUCCCUAUUUGGGCAAAUUCAUCGGGAAACUUUCCGAAUUACAUCACGGCGUCUCCGGUGAAGUUUACGCGGUUGAUGGCCGAACUUUAUACCUGAAAGAUUUCACUUACGACGGCCAAGGCCCAGCGGCGUAUUUCUACGCCAGCACGUCGAGGAACGCCAACAGCGCCGGAUUCCGAUUAAGGGACGAAAAUGGGAGUCCCGAAGUGAUCAGGCGGUACAGGAAGGAAGGCGUCACUCUCACGCUGCCCGAGGGCAAGACCCUCAACAACAUCAAGAUCUUCUACGUGUGGUGCGAGGAGUUCGAGGUGAACUUCGGCGAUGUGAAAAUACCCCGCGGUUUCGACUACCCCAAGCCCCAGAAGAUCGAGCCUUUGAAGGGGGUCCACGCGAUCUCGUCGGACCCCAUCGUCAUCGUGGACGCCCAGACGCUGCUGGUGCCGAACCUGUCGUACGACGGCGAAGCUCCAGAUGCGAAAUUCUGGGUGGGUCGGGGCCCCAAGCCCUCGCCCCAGGGCAUCCGCGUGCCUGACGAGAACGGCAAAAUGGAGCCCCUCCGUCGCUACGACCGCAAAACGGUCGUCCUCACCCUCCCCGGGGACCUGACAGUGUUCGAUAUCGGCCACUUUGGCAUCUGGUGCGAAGCCUUCACUGUCGACUUCGGCCACGUGCAGAUCCCGCAAAACGUCAACGUGCCCCCCUCGCUGAAGAUGCUCGGAGUGAGCCCACAGUCGAAGCUGAACUGCGAAGUUUUGUACGAUGACCUGGCAUUUGAGGUGCGAUGGGCGGUCGCCGGAGACAGUAUUGUUUUGCAACUAGUUGCAAAAUUAGACGAUAGAGAAUACAUGUCUUUUGGCAUCUCGGGCGAUGAUUCCCGAAGCGAAAUGAUCGGCGGCGACGUGGUCGUUGCCUACGUCGACAAGGAGACCUCGAAAGGCUCCGCCGAGGAUUACCACCUGGCCGCCAAAUCGCAAUGCUCCGGACCCACCGGAUCUUGCCCUGACAACCGGCUGCAGGAAAACACCAACAACGCGCGCUUGCUCAACGCUGCAAUGGUCAACGGCUACUCCAUAGUGACCUACCAGCGGCCCCUCAAGCCCUCGGAUGAGUACGACCGGCAGAUCCACACGAACAGAUCGCAGGCCAUCAUUUGGGCCAUUGGCCCCCUCAACCAGAGGAACGAGGUCUCCUUCCACAGCCACUACACCAAAGGCGACCAGUUCCUGGACUUCGGACGCCCGGCUAAAUGGAACUGCCCCAUGCCGGAAGGCGAGCAACCAUCCAUGAAACCCACGACUGCGGCGCCUUCGAGAUCACGUAACACGGAGAAAAGACGGGGAAGUACCAACAGGAAGGAAGUCGCUGAUAACGAAAGAAGUGCUUCCCGGCCGCGGCAAACCGAACGCCGACGAGGAAACAACAAACCUGUUCCAACUCCGGCCCCUGUCGCAAAAAGAGACGCUUGGGACAUCCCACCGAUCAAGUGCUACGAACCGGAAGAUGGGGUUUUCUACGCCCAGAUGGGCCCCACCGGGGGCAAGAGGGGGUACCCUGCGAUUACGGGGCACGUGGGUUGGGGGAUUUCAUGGUACAUUAACGGACUGUUAAUCCCGGAAAUCAAUGUUGUCCGAGGGAAAACGUACACGUUUGUCGUGGAGGGCGGUUUCGACCCUGAGGUCGCGGCCAAAUACCAUCCCUUCUACAUCACCGAUGAUCCUGUGGGAGGAUACGAGUACAAAACCCCCGAAGAGAAGAAAAAUGUGAAGAUUUUCGCCGGCGCAAUUGCCGGGAAGGACGGAAGUGUUAAACCUACAGGAACGGGAAGACUGUGCCACUGGACCCAGCAAGGCGAUUUGGAAGCCGAUGAUUUUGAGUCGUUUGGGGCUUAUCAAAGAACACUCGAGUUAAAAUGUGACCAAGGCGAGCCUGGAGUCAUCCAAUGGACUCCGGAUAAAGACACUCCUGAUACGGUCUAUUAUCAGUGUUUCACGCAUCGUUAUUUGGGGUGGAAGAUAAACGUACACGACAAGUGCGACGAGCAGCCUGCAGCUAGCGAACCCGAAGCUGCCAUAGUUCCAGCCCCCGCCGACCUCGAACAAAGCCCCUCGAUCCGGACCGAAUCAAGGGUAAAACCAAAUGCUUUAAUAGUUGAAGAUUCAGAAGAUAAGAAUAAUACAACAGUUUCAGAAAUAGCCGCCGUAACAAAUGAUCCCGUCUUGAUCCAAACUCCCAUCUACAUGACGCCCGUAUUUUCCACAUUUACUCCUUAUUUAUUCGACACUCCCGUCUUCUACACCCCAUAUCAACAAACUUUCAAACCUAGCCCACUUUUAGAACCUAUUGGGGAGGAUUUCAGGCUUAAAUCUAUACCUUCAGAAGCACCAAACGAAACUACUCUUCCGCUUUCCACUUCCACUUCAACUCGAGCUACCCCUACAAUUAGCGACAAAAUCAUAGUUGCCACCACUUCCGACAUUAAGCCAAAAAACCAAAGUUUUCUUGUUCCUCCUAAGUUGGUAUUUCAAAAUAACUUUGUAAAGCGCAGACCGGUAAGACCGAAGCGACCGUACUACCCGGUCGUACGGGUCAAAAAACCGAUUUACAGACCACAAAUUAUGACACUGCAAAGGCCACCCCCUUUGAUGGAUCCUUUGCGGUUCUCAGAAUCGCAAAUCAAGUAUCGGCGACCGACAUUCAUACUCGCCAAACCCAGACCCGUAAUCGUGUCAACACCGCCAAGUGUCACAGUUAAGAACGUCCAAAUCUCGCCCCAACAAGCCUCAACUGACAAAGAACCACAAACCACUUCAUCGCCACUCGAAACAAUCAAACCGGCCGUAGAGAAUUACGCAAAUCGCCUAAAACCGGCGCUAAAUACCGGCUUCCGACCCGAAUCGGUGGUAAUUGAAGGCGGCUUCAAACCAAUCAUCACGAAAGCAAUCCAAAAACGAAUCGAUGAACCCCAACUUGAAUACGAGAGCGAGGUUGGAGUCAUAAACCGCGGAAAAACGCGCCAGCCACCACAGCACUUCGAACCGGUGUUUGUUCCGUCGCCGGUCGACAAAGCCAAGCUUAAACGGCCCUACGUGAAGAAAGUCAUUGUGAAGCACUCGCGAAGCAUUCAGGACGAAGAACCGGUCGCUGAAGCCGCCGAAAGAGUCGAGUCUUACUAUUUGCCGCCGCAAGGGAAACCGCCGCAGAUUAGCGAAAGUCGCCAACCGUCCAACAUAGAUCUUGAAGAGCCGGCGAAAUUAGAUCUAGGGUCGCCACCGGACGUGGUUGUAACUUACGACGGUAAGCGAGUUUCCGGUGCAAGUCUCACGGCGAAAAUCGCCGACCGUUCCAGCAUUCUAGACAUGAGGGCGUCUAAAGCCGCGGAACUUAUCAAAGCCCGACCGCAAUUUGUACCUUUCAAAGGUGAACUACCGCCGCUUAAUCCCGAAAUCAUCAACAAGAACGCGCCGCAAUUACAAUCGCGAGGGUUAAUCAACAGAGAUUUAGAGACGCCGCCGAGCGGUUCAACAAAACUGAGUCCGAUAAGACAUCAAAGAGGGGUGUAGGCCGCAGUUCGUGGUUAUCUAAUGCUUUUUUAUUUUAAAUGAUUGUUAAAUAGUUUAGUAAGUUUUGUGUCGUUAUUUUGUGUAAAUAAAACAAUUUGUAGUUGUUU